CCGUGGGGUCUCAAGUGGCGGAGCCACCCGUACUUCCUCACGGCCGUAGUGACGAUCGGCGUGAUGAGCGACAUCCUCGCUUACACGAUCGUCGCGCCGAUCCUGCCAUACCGGCUGCAGGACAUGGGGCUAGACAACAUCGCCGCGCUCACAUCCUGGCUCCUCUUCGGCUACUCGGCCGGCAUCUUCGUAGGCACAUUCCCCACCGCCUGGUUUUUCCACAAGUAUCCUGUACGCCGAGGGCCGCUGGUGGCCGCUGUGCUCAUCAUGAUCGCGAGCUGUAUUACCUUCAUGAUCCCCGAUCAUUUUGCCGCCAUGUUCAUCUCUCGCUUUGUGCAGGGUCUCUCAAGUUGUAUCAUGUGGACUGUCGGCUUUGCACUCAUUUGCGAAAACAUCGACCCGGCACACUUGGGUACACACCUCGGCUUUGCGUUCACGGGCAUCUCGCUUGGCGCCACCAUCGCCCCACCCAUCGGUGGUGCUCUGUACAAGCACAUGGGAUGGCACGCGCCGUUCAUCUUCCUAAUCAUCAUCCUGUCGCUCGACACGAUAGCGCGUCUAUUCAUUAUCGAGGUGAAGGACAUCAAGAAGCUGCGUGCGCGUCAAGCCGCCGCAGCCCGCGCUCUCGCUGCCGAGGGGCACCCGGAGGAGGUCGCGGCUCUCGAGCGUACCGUGAGCGGUGCGCCGAAAACUGAGGCCGAGAAGCAGAUCGCCGGUCUUAAGGAAAAGGAAGAGGAAGAGAAGAAGGUUGUCGAGCUGAGCCCAUGGGGCGUGCUCAAGGCUCUCGUAUCGCUGCCGCGCGGAAUUGUGGCAUUCUUCCAGUUCUUCGUCUUCGGAUUUGUGAUUGGCGCGUUCGACGCCACCAUGGCAAUUCGUGUCGAGACCAUUUGGAACAAGGAUGCCGACUUUGUUGGCUUGAUCUACCUGGCCGGCGCUGUGCCGUCCUUCUUUAUCGGCCCGCUCGCGGGAUGGGCCAGCGACAAGAUCGGCACCGAGUAUGUCGUGGGCGCCAUCCUCAUGUUCUGCUUGCCCUGGAUCCCACUCAUGACGCUCACCAACUCGCUACCCGGCUUCGUAGUGUACUUUGCGUGCGCGAAUACCGUCGCGACCGCACUCAACACGGUCGCCUCUCUCGAAGUCGCCAUCGUCUCCAAGUUCCGAGAGGGGAUAUCGGAGAUCCACGAAUUUGCGGCCAUGAACCUUGCGUUCGCCGUGAGCAGUGCUGUCGGCGCCGUUGUUGGCGGCCAGAUCCUCAACAACGUUGAGAACGGAUGGGACGUCAUCUGCUGGAUCGGCUUUGCGCUGUUCAUCCUCAUCAUACCCCCUUCGCUGCAGUUUACUGGCAAGUGGCCGCUGUUCUGGCGC